AUGCAGAUCGCUGCAACCCACUGGGGCAUUUCGGACGCCUGGCCACAGCUCAUCAAGGACAUCGUUGCGCUGCCCUUGCUGCUGGCCAUGUCGGUCCGAAUCGAGGAGCUCUUCACCAGCUGGAGGUACUUGUCCAUGGUUGGCACGAUCUACUGGAGUAUGGACAUUUGCCUGUCAUUCUUCACUGGCUACUACCACAAGGGUUCCCUCGUCAGCGACGUGCCAAAGAUCGCCUGGGUUUACUUCAAGUCCUGGUUUUUGAUUGACCUUUUCCUGACUGCCUUGGACAUCAGUGUCGAAUUGGGAGCAGACCUCGGUGAAGCUUUUGUGGCCGUCCGAUUUCUGCGGUUCCUGCGCUUCAUACGCCUUCUUCGCUGGGAUAAGUUCAGCCAGAUCUCGGUAUUCUUCCAGGAUCAGUUCGAUUCGCCGGCAGCUUCCUUGGAGUUCUCCCUGCUCGUAGUGAUGAUCGUCAUGAUGCUCCUGGAGCACGUGAUUGCUUGCUGUUGGUUUGGCCUUGGUCGGAUGGACUCCCCCACGGGCACGUGGCUCACAAAGUCCAUCGUCGCGGAUGGCUCCUUCGUGAAUCAGUAUACUUACAGCCUGCGUUGGGCGCUCUCGCAGCUGGGAAUCGGAUCCACCGAGAUUGAAGCCAUCACCGAAGCCGAGGGGUAUUACUCCGUCGCCGUCGCUUUUGUGUCCAUCAUCAUCUUCGCCACCGUGCUCAGUUCUAUGACCUCCUUGGUCACCGCCCUACACAGUCGCAGGACAGAGGAGAAGAGACAGUUUGGCAUGCUCAAGCGCUUUCUACGCCAGAGUCGCAUCCCGAAGGGCUUGAAUGAGCGGAUCAUGCGGUUCCUCCGCUACGCCUACCAUGAGAAAGCGCUGACCGCCCAGGACUAUCCAACCAUCCUCGACCUCUUGUCGAAGCCGCUGCAGGCCGAACUGGACUUUGCUCGGUACAAGGCCUACAUCUUCAGCGUACCCUUCCUGGAGCAUCUCCACUCGUCCGCAGCAGGACUCCAUGCUGGAAGGGUGCUGCAGGAGAUUGCCAGAAAGGCGGUGUUUCUUGUGGAUGCAGCAGAGGCAGAGAUUGUGUUCUGCAGUGGAGGCAUGGCAGACGCCUGCUUCGUGACCAUCGACGGGUCUUUGAAGUAUACGCAGGGAGAGAGCUGCACGGAAGCCAUUGCUGCUGGUGUUCUAAUCUCUGAGAUGUGCUUCUGGACAUACUGGCACCACGUCGGAGACCUGAUCUCGGUGACAUUCUCCAAGCUGGCAAAACUUGAUGCCGAGACGGUCUGCAAGUGCAUCAGCCCCGCAGUGGAGCUCCAGAACGAGGCAUCGCGCUACGCGCGAAGGUAUGUGGACGCCUUAAACAUGGAGGAGGAGCUGUCAGACAUAUGGAUGUGCCCGGAGAGCUACCUGGCAGUUUACUCGGGUGCCCUUGCCCUUGGUUGCUUUACGACCUCCGGGAAGGGCUAG